AUGCUAAGUUCUCGGUACUACAGCGCGUCCCGAAUGGGCACCGACGCAAAACCUCGUACGGCCAUCAUUGUUGAUGAAGAUGACGAACUUUAUUCCGGGUUUAAUGAAGUGGCUCCGGCCCUGGACACGCGGAACCUGAGGGAAGACGAAACGUUCCAGGAAACUUUGAGAACGGCUGGGAUCGGGAGAAAGUUACCCAGUCGUACGGGCACUGGGAUGGUACGGCUUGGCACGGUAAGCAUGCGAGACGUGGGUUCGAGGUCCGGCACAUCAGCACGUCCCGUGACCGCAUUGCGCGCUGCUGGGUACACCUCGGCGUCACGCGAUCGACCCAUGCCCACUCAACAUUUGGAAGACAGCGUCGAAGAUCGCGUUAAGCAAAUGGAAGCACGAAUCAUGGCAUUGGUGGAGGAGUCUUGUUUACUGAGCGCCCGACCAGAUCCCGAUGAUGAUAGUACUACUAGAAAAGAACAUGACUUGGGCCAGGCACUUGCAAAGGCUCAAGAGGCGUCCACGAUGGAACGACAGCUUAUUCGCAUGCAAGAACAAGCGAACUUGGGUGACACUCACAACUUGGAUUUAACUUUUGCUGUGCUUUGUAACUUGGCGGAUCAGUACGCACUGAACGAGAUGUACACUGAAGCACUGAACACGUAUCAGUUGCUGACUAGAAACAAGUUGUUUCCGCAUGCUAACCGACUCAAGGUGAACAUGGGAAAUAUUUAUUUUAAAAUGGGAGAACAUCCAAAAGCUUUGAAGCUUUAUAGGAUGGCACUAGAUCAAACGCCGACUGCCGAAAAAGAUUUGAGAAUGAAAGUAAUGCAUAACAUUGGUCUCCUCUUGGUUCGUAUGGGAAAAUUUCGGGAUGCUGUAACAAAUUUUCAACACAUAAUGCACGAACAAGGUGAUUUUCAAACAGGUCUACACCUGGUUUUAUGCUCUGUGGCACUCAGUGACGCAGAAGGAGGGAAAGCUGCUUUCCAUGCAAUGCUGGAUGUCGAACCGCCGACUUACCACCAGGACAUUCCUAUUGAUGACGAGAAAGAUACUUACGAGUGCGUUGUCCGUGACGUGUCACGCGGAGAUAAACUGUCUCGCUGGUCUCGGCGCGCGGCCGCUGAAGCUGAACGAUGUUUGGCACUGGCCGCUGCGGUCCUCACACCCACAGCGGGGACGGACGAUGAUUCGGGCACUGGCAUGUCGUGGUGUGUGGAGGCGCUGCGCGGGUACAGCGGUGCGGGGGGCGCGGGCGGCGCGGCGGGGGGGCGGCUGGAGUUAGGCGCAGCGCUUGCGUCCCUGCGCGCGUCUCGCACCGCCCGCUCCGGGCUCGCCGUACUGCAGCGACUGAAGGCCGUUGCGAAGGCGCACGCUGAGGACCGAGUGCUACGAGCCGAGGCCAAUGCUGAUGCAGCCUUCGUUGCCUACGCCCUGGGCAACUGGAGUGAAGCUCGUUCACUAUCAGAGUCAGCGUCUCGUGACGAUCCGUACUCGUGCGCGGCGCGCGUGACGCUCGCGCUGUCGUCGCUGCAAGCGUCGCUGUCGGAGGACGCGGCGCCGGAGCUGGCGUGGCGGGAAGCAGCCGAAACCCUCACGGCGGCCACACACCUCGACCCGGCCGACCUUAUCGCUGCACAUGAUUUAGCUCUGUGCCUGGAGCAAACAGCGGGUCGGGAGGGCUUGUCGGUAGCGGCGGCGCGCUGGUCGCGGGUGCGUGCGUGCGGCGCGCCGACGCACACGCUGCGCCCGCUCGCCGCCGCCGCACUCGCGCGCCUCGCGCUCCGCCACCCCGCCGAUCACGCCGCCGCCGAACACUGGUACAGUCUGAUUGGAAAUUGGGAUGCAGGCGUGACCUCCGCUCUAGCCCAGCUUCACAGCGAGAUGGGCGAUACGCAAACAGCCAAACACCAUUACCAAGACGUAGAAGCAAUAUGGCCGUGCGAUUUAACAGCCCUCGAGUGGCUGGCGGGCGAGUCGCCGCCAGAUGUCGCCUUGCAGUACUACAGACGAGCUGCGCGACUAGAGCCGACUAAUCCACAAUGGGGCUUACUGAUGGGCGGCUGCCUUCGAGCCACGGGCCGGUACCAGGAAGCACUCAGCCUGUAUAAGAAAAUGAAUACCCGUUUCCCCGACAAUGUACAAUGUCUGAAAUUAAUAGUGAAAUUGUGCGGAGAUCAAGGUUUAUCCGAGACGAGCACGUGGACGCGAGAAUUACAGCGUGCGCAGGCCAGGCUCAAGCAGCAGGAAAGAGCAUCUGUGAUAUCUGCGGGGAGUGGAUCGUCCAGAGCGAGUCAGUCACCAGUCGACUUAAGAGCAAUAUCUCGAGUUAACAGUGCGGCAACUCAACCUCCGCCCACCGCUUCUCAACCCUCUGGUGAAGGACGCAAAGGCAGUGAUGUCCAAAGUUAUAAGUAUACUGAAAGUUUUAGUUUUCGAGAUGGUUUACAGCCUUCGAAUCGAUCACGCACUAGUGCGGGUAGAAAGAAAAACGUUGAAGAAUUAGAAGACGAUUUACCGUUACCUCCGGAGUAGUUAGAACCUUUCACUGCUGUACCAUAUACAUAUACUAUACUUGAGACCUUAGAACCGCAUUUACGUUGUAGAUGUCUAUGGGCUCCAGUAACCACUUGACACCAGGUCGGUUGUGAGCUCGUCCACCCAUCUAAGCAAUAAAAAUAAAUAAAAGAUAUAUACAUACAUAUACAUGUGCAACCGAAUAAAUACAAGUCCCUACAUACUGUUUAUUUGAAACUACAUCGACCUUAUAGUAUUAUAUUUCGGUGAAUUCCAUUGAUAAGAGAAUUAGUGCAGGAUAAUGGUUUGCACUGCUUAAGCUGGGUUUUGGCGGAGAGUUUUGUAAGCGCGCUAGGGAAGGUUACGCCCUGUAUUAUGUCUUCAAACAGUCAUGCGUUCCGGUUUGUAGAGGGAAAUGACUUUUAUACAAUACAAUUGAGUGCUCGAUAUCAUGUCUCAAGGUAGGUGACGUUAUUCGCGUAUCGACAUGAUGUGAGGUGGGCCGUGUGUCGUAUACCUUAAGAGCUAUUAAAUAGCAACCGGUGGUAGAUUCUGCGAUGCACGGCUCUUUCUAGGGUUCGUGUUAGUAACGUCGUCAAGUUUGAGCCCCGUGAGCUCACCUACAAGCUCGGCGAAUCUAGAAUAACCCCUCGAGGUUAUUAGAAUAAGUAGGAAAAAAAAGAAUAGCAUUUCAUUAACAUUGAAUCCGACGUGUGACCUAAACGACCAAUAUCGGCGUAAUUUAUUUAAAACUGUUGAGUUUGAUAUAGUGUAGUAACAUGCUUUUGUGUCCACGACGAUUCCUACUGCGAUAACACGAAAAAAAAAAUGAAAGCAAAAUCAACGCGAUGCGAAAUUAUGUUUUCCUAAACGGUGAAGGUAACAAUUAAAAAUCAAAUGACACGUGGCGUUCUUUGGUCUUUUAGUUUUGUACCAGUACAUUGCCGCCUUAAGAAAUAAAAAUUACUAAAAAAAAAAGAGGAAGUACUACUACAAAAAUUGCAAGACUCCUAAAAUUAAUUAACGUUUUAAGGCGAUUUAUUGCGGUUAUGGCUUUUCUGGGGCCCCUCACGCUUUGGACUGCAAAUAAGUAACUACGUUGAAUUGUAUUCCUUUCAUAUGAUAAUCUAAUCGGGUCAAACUCGGAACAUUAAAGCGUGCGCAAUACAAAAGGCUCGAUGACGUAAAACAACAGAGGAAUGUACAAACAUUGUAUUCAUAAAUAACAUAUCGUCGUAAUAUAAAAGAUUCUUAACUUAGACUAGAAACAAACACACUAAUAUUAAGCAGGAACUUGUACUCUCUGAGUCAAUAACAUCAUCAUAAAUAUAUUAUUUAUACGUGUAAAUAAAUUGAAUAUAUUAAGUAAUUUUUUUUAGUUAUUA